UAAAAGGGCAAACGGUUCUAUUUGGACGCUUUGAAUUGUAGGUGCUUUAAAAUCUCUUAAGAAAAAAAAUCUGGUCCAGAUUUCGCAAAUAAGUUUCAGUGGGACGUGUAGGCUUAUCUGGUACCAAAUCAAGAAGGAGACCGAUAGAAGAAUAGGUUGACUGGCGUCAAAAAACUUUUGAAAAAUGACAGCAGGAAUGAUCAGAGUUCCCAGUAUUAUGCCGUUAAGGCUUCCAAUGGGAGGAAGAAAAAACAUUAUAGACACUCAUACUCCCAUCGAGCUUCGUUCAGAGACACCAGAUACUCUGAUAUAUUACACUAUAAACGGAAUGAAACCGGAGCCAUUUAAACAAAUUGGCAUCAAAUGCACCUAUAAAUACAACAGACCUUUUGUUUUGGGUCCAGGAAAGCGGAUCGUAAAAGCGCUGGCAACCUCGAGUGAUGGCACGAGAGAAAGUUCCAUUGUAACCAAGACAUUUAUGGUUGAAGAACCAGAAGAAAGAGAAGGUUUAGAUGGUGAAGACAAUGUCUCUGAGCUUCAGCAAAGCAUUUCUUCGUCAACUGGAAAUUUAAGGGAUUCGUCGGGAACUUUGUUCGGUCAAAUUCUUGAGAACGCCGGAAGAGGAUCCAAAUUGAAGACGUCUGAAGCAUGGGGGACUGCGGGUCAAUCAAAGCGAUUUCUUACAUCAACUCCAGAUGACUUAGAAAAUGUCAGAGGGUCAGAUUACAGAAAACCCAGGAGUGAAGCAAGAUUCACAGCUUCAAGGUUUGGUUCAAAUCAAGCAACAUUAGGUACCCCAGAUCAAUCUCUUACAGAAGUUGAUGGAGAAUUAAAGGAGAGACGAGGGCCACAGAACAGAAUUCAUGCAAGUAAGAUUCAACAACAGACUGAUUUUUUAAAAUGUAUCUACUGUAUGGCACCCAGACCAUCAGACCCAUAUGCAAGGUUCUGUUCUGAAUGUGGAUCCCCCAUUCCGCCAUUACCAUCUUCAAGGCUUCCCCCUCCUGAGGGUGGACAGCUUGGUAUGUGUGUCUCCUGUAACUCAAUGGUACCACUGAACACACCCAAUUGCAUCAUCUGUGAAGCACCUAUUUCACCACAGCGUCAACCACAGGCCACCAAGAAAUUGGCACACAAGUUAAUGUGUGCUGUAUGUGGUACAGGAAAUCCACCGGACAUGACAGUUUGUGUCACCUGUGAAGCAAAACUUCCAUACAAUGCUAAACAAAUAUUUACAGGCACAAGUGCUCCUCCAAUGCCAAAGGACUCUGUUAGUAGCCUCAUGUCUUGCUCCAAGUGUUCUCGUGUGAAUAGCAGUGAUGCUCGUUUCUGUGAUUGGUGUGGAUCAAAGCCACAGCCUUACCAAAGUCCUCUAAUCUGUUCCCAAUGUCAGGCUUCAAAUAGUGCAUUCGCAAGGUUUUGUAAUACCUGUGGAUGUGGUAUUGAACCACCUCCAAGAGUUUCGCGUCAGAGUCCAGGAAAUGUUAUUGGCACUGUUGUUGAAAAGCGUAGCAUUCGUGAAACAGUAGGAAGGUCAGAAAAUGCAACUUGGUUGCCAGUUUCUAUCCCUUCAACUCCAGCAGAAAAAGCAGAUAAAGCAACUUCCACAGUUGGUCUCUUCUAUAAAUCAGCAACUAGUAUUCAAUCACAAAUGGAGUCAGAAGCUCUGGAACGAAGUCGGCUUGAUGCUUCAAGAGACAGACGACCAGCUCUUGCUGCUGUAAGUCCUGGGAAAGGAUUCUGGCGGCAACAAAUGGACCAUGUGUGUUCACACAUCCGCGCACAUGUGCAGAAUAAUCCAGAUUUCCGAGCCACCAUUGGUGAACCACGGUUGGGAAAGAUUAUUACUGCAACAAUUCAUGAAGAUCUCAAUGGAGAGGAGGUCACUUUAACAGUGACCUUUGCCAGAAGAGAUGGUAAAGAGUUGUGGAAGGAGAAAUCCAAAGCUCUGUCUUCAAGCUUGAGAGCAUUGAAUCUGUAUGGGUCAGAGUCUGGGAGUAAGGAGGAUUUGAGAAGGAGCAGAAAACAGACUCAGAAUGGUUUGAGAACUACCACUAAGGGAAAGAAGCAAAAACGGAAGGGGAAAGAAAAUACUACGAUUAAACUCAGUGAGCAGGACAAGUUGUUACUGAAAGAGAUUGGGGCAAGGGGGGAAGGGAGAGAUGAGGAGGUGCAAAGACUUGUUGACGAGGGGGCAAAUCCAGAAUGUGAAUCCUCUGAUGGCAUUCCUGCAUUAAUCCUUGCAACUAUCAAUAAACAUGCUGAAAGUAUUCCACCACUAGUGAAUGCUGGUGCUAAAAUUAAUGUCAAGAGCAUUACCAAGGGGAACACAGCCCUGCAUGAAGCUGUGCAUCUAGGUGCCAAUGGACUCAACUGUAUUGACACUCUGUUAGGACUGGGUGCCCGAACUAAUGUUGCAAAUGAUGCCGGACAGACAGCUUAUGAUCUGGCCAUGUCCAGUGGACUUGAUAGUGUAGUGCAGAGGUUUACAUCAAGUGUAGGAGAUGAGAUGUUGCAGAAACUUACCAAACCAAAGAAAGCUAGAUCUGUAGAUGAGGAUUUCUAAAGCAAAGUGUGCUUCCUUGUAAGUCUGUAAGAUUGUAGGCUGUUAGUGCUACAUAUGGUAAAUGUGUAAAUGUAUCUUAAACCAGAAUGUGGAAGAGUUCUUGCAUAUUAAAUCUGUUGGAGAGA